ACAGUGUGCACAGCAACCACUUGUGUUGGGCGCUAAUAAACCUUUGUUCUCUGACGGCGUUAGAACACUACGGUAACUCCAAGACUAAAAGCAAGGUCACCAUGGGAGUCGUCACGGCAUUUCUUGUUUGUCUGGCCGUUGUCACCAUGACAAAGGCAGAUGUCCUCAUGUUCGAUGAGGCCGACUUCAGUGCCCCAUACUCACUUCCUGGCCCGAUGAUGGAUUCUCAGGGCAAUAUGUUCGUUCCACUGCUACAGGGAUACACCGUCGGGGAAUGGUGGGCUGCCACCACCGUAGUCCAGGUCCUGCAAGCGGACAUCGAGAGAGGAUCUGAAUUGGAGAGCCAAGUGGACAAGUUCAUGCCGAGGGAUGAGAGUGACUCCGAGGACGAUGCAGAAGGGGAACACGAAAUCAUACAAGCGGUCCACAUGGAGACACGUAGCUAGAAGAGCGUUUUUUUCAUAAUAUGAAAUUGUUUAAGAAAAAAUGUGCUGGUAUACAUCUAAGAUGUAUUUUUUUCGACUGAAAAGGGAUGAGAAUCCUUCACGAUUACAUUAUUUGUUGCUUUCGGAAGAACCAUGAAAAUAAUAUCUAAAGGAGACGUAGGCAAAGUAAAUUAAAAUUUCAAUAAUUGUAAUUGUAAUCUGUAGUGAAAUGUUCGAAAUAUCUGAGUUCUGAAAAUAUAUUGGUGAAUAAAGAAAGGUAAAAAUGA